AUGAAUAGUGAUGGUAUUAGAGGUGACUGUUUGAGCAGUGUCUGUAUGAAUAGUGAUGGUAUUAGAGGUGACUGUUUGAUCAGUGUCUGUAUUAAUAGUGAUGGUAUUAGAAAUGACUGUUUGAGCAGUGACUGUAUGAAUUGUGAUGGUAUUAGAGGUGACUGUUUGGGCAGUGUCUGUAUUAAUAGUGAUGGUAUUAGAAAUGACUGUUUGAGCAGUGUCUGUAUGAAUAGUGAUGGUAUUAGAGGUGACUGUUUGAGCAGUGUCUGUAUGAAUAGUGAUGGUAUCAAAGGUGACUGUUUGAGCAGUGUCUGUAUUAAUAGUGAUGGUAUUAGAAAUGACUGUUUGAGCAGUGACUGUAUGAAUUGUGAUGGUAUUAGAGGUGACUGUUUGGGCAGUGUCUGUAUGAAUAGUGAUGGUAUCAAAGGUGACUGUUUGAGCAGUGUCUGUAUGAAGAGUGGUUGUAUUAGAGGUGACUGUCUGAGAAGUGUCUGUAUGAAUAGUGAUGGUAUUAGAGGUGACUGUUUGAGCAGUGUCUGUAUGAAGAGUGGUUGUAUUAGAGGUGACUGUUUAAGCAGUGUCUGUAUGAAUAGUGAUGGUAUUAGAGGUGACUGUAUGAAUAGUGAUGGUAUUAGAGGUGACUGUUUGAUCAGUGUCUGUAUGAAUAGUGAUGGUAUUAGAGGUGACUGUUUGAGCAGUGUCUGUAUGAAUAGUGAUGGUAUUAGAGGUGACUGUUUGAGCAGUGUCUGUAUGAUGGAAUUCAUUUAA